CGUUGUCAAAUUGGUACAUGUCAUAAUCCACGACGUAAAGUGAAGCCCACACGACCAAUGCCUGCAAAAUGGAAAAUGAUCACAACUGAACAGAAGCAAUUCCUAAUGCAUCAGAUGCUCAUCCCGGAUGAUAUUUUGAAAUGCUGUCCAGCCUGCCAUAAAAAAAUCUCCAAACAGUUGGAUAUGCUUCUUGGUGGCGAACUGGAUGAACAAAUGGCUGUUUGGCAGCGUUCUUCGGUGGUCCUGUGGAGUAGUGAUGAUGUGGAAGCGCUGCGCUCCACUGUCACUCUGUUAGGUACCGAUGAUUGGCAAGCUGUGGCGGAGAAAUUAAGUCGCAAAUAUAAUGCCGAACAAUGUCGUGAGCAACAUGAGAAAAUGCAAGCAGUCGAUGGCUGCCACAAAAAGGAGGCCGAAAGCGAGGAGGACGAUAUGAGCGACGACGAUCGAGAGAUGCCACGAACACUUACAGCUGAAGCGAAAAUCGAAGUUGACCCAAGUGGUGAAAGCAGUGCAACACUGAGCGCAGAUGAGACGGCUAACCAAGAGGAAUGUGCAGUUCUAUCACCGGCUGUUGUGAAGUCUCCAUCGACGCAUUUGUACAAACCACGAUUUCGUGGUACUUCACAGCCUGCUUCUGAAGUUGCUACAUCACCAUUUGAUGCUACCGCACGUGUAAAGAAGGAACCCGAUGUUCUGUCAUCACCGUUAACGCAGCAAAGAUCCGAUGCCAGUGCUUCCUCAACAUCCGAUCACGGUGAUGUUCCGGUGACCCCCGUCCAUGCAACAGCUGCACCUGUAGCAGUAGCUGCUGGUGCAGGAAGUGCUCUACUUGCAACACUUACUGCAUCAACACCCGAUUCAACGCCAACACCGGUAAAUGCUUUUUUUUUUUGUUGUAUAUGUACUAAAAUGACCAAGAAACAAUUCAAACGAUAUCUGAUGCUUUUAUAA